AUGUGGAAUCCCUUCUCUAGAGCAGCCUCUGGUGCUACUUCCGCGCAAACUACGCAGAAGCCGGUGCAGCUGCUGGUGCUGCAGGCGGACGACUACGAUUGGCCCACCAUCCUCAAGGGAGCCACCUUGCAGGACGGGCGGCCAAUUGCCGUCUAUCAGACAGGUUGGCCAGACAUCCACGUCCAUGCCAGUACCUACUCCACCGGGCGCAUCUGCGUGGAAAUCCUGCGCCUAGCCCCCUCUGCAUCCGGACCAGGCCAAGAGCAGGGCAGGCGACUGACCAUUCAGCCCGACUAUGUGCUGGUUCGCAAUGAGGUGAAGAUGUCAUCCUUCGAUGGCCGGGGCCGGCUGAAUGGCCUUCUCUUUGCAGACGUGCCAGCCAUGAACUCCUUGGAGUCCAUCCUCAUGUUCUGCGAGAGGCCGGCAGUGCAGGGACGCUUACACAGACUGCAGCGGCAAUUGGGCAAAGAGGUUUUCCCCGUCGUGCCUCAGCACUUCUGCUCCUCGUCGAAGAGCCUCAUGUACGGCUACACCUUCCCGGCUGUGGUGAAGGUGGGCUCGGCGCACGCUGGAGUGGGCAAGAUGAAAAUCCAUGACCACCGUCAAAUGAGUGACUUCCGCUCUGUACUCGAGAUGAUGCCGGAUGAGCACUGUCUUGUGGAGCCGUUUAUCGAGUCGCAAGGGGAUCUCCGCAUUCAGAAGAUUGGGCCCCACUACCGUGCCUUCAAGCGCCUGGGCUUGUCGGGUGACUGGAAGACCAACACGUGCACUGCGAUCAUGGAGGAGAUCGACUGCCUAGAGCGCUAUCAGAAGUGGGCGGAUGCCGCUGCGGAGAUGUUCGGGGGCCUGGACAUCCUCACGGUGGAUGCGAUCGUCGAGGAGGGCACUGGGAAGGAGCUCAUCCUGGAGGUGAACGGAACUUCCUCCGGCCUUCACCCAGACAGAGCAGAAGAGGACAACGGCUUCAUUCGGGACCUCCUCUUGGAGAAGAUGAACGCGGCUUUGUGCGGGGCUGGUGAGCAAGUGUGA